AUGCUAUCAACUAAUAUUCUAAUGUCUCUAUUCACGGUGGUCGUCGCAAUAGAUCAUGGGCAACACCAUGAUUCUCAUCGUAUGUCUCAUCUCGUGCAUCUGCUACGUCCAAAUGAUAAUUUCUUCAGUGAACUAUCGAAAAAUACACAAAGGAUAGUAAACGGCAUUUUUGAGACCUUCCAUCUUCCACAAGUAUUUUCUAAAGAACCGAAAAUAAAAGUGAUAAUAAAAAUGCUUUACAAUUUAAACGAUAUGUCGCAUAAAAUUUUUGAAUUAUAUGAUGUAUUGAGAAAUGCAAGUGCUGUUGACGUUGAUAAUAGACCUAUAAGCCAAAUUCGACUAAAUGAAUUGAUAAUUGGAAUAUUAAAUGAAGAAAUAAAUGUGUACAACGAAACAGAAGAAAGAAGUUCUGAAAAAACUAAAAGCAUUAAUACUAAGGAAAGUUCGGAAUUCGCUAAUGGCAAAGAAUUUAAAAAAUUCAUUGGCGAGUUUUUAAAAAAAUUGAAAAGCCUUACUGUAAAUGAUUUAUUCGAUAAGAAAGAAAACGAAAGUGAAGAAUAUGAAUUCAAUCAAUCUGAUCAUACAAAUCUCGAUAUAUGGGACCCAUCAAGUGAAGACAUAGAUAAUAAUAUGCGCAACAAGAAGAAAGAAAGCAGAAGAAUAUUUAGAGGAAUAAAAACGUCUAUCUUCUCAUAUCCCUUUGUUGUCAGCAUUCACAUUCUGAAUGAAUUCAUGUGCGCGGGCAGCAUCAUCAGCAGAGACCUUGUCGUCACAGCUGCAUCAUGCUUGCAAAUCCAUUAUAAUAACAGAUUCUUCCGAGAAAAUCCGAAAACUACCUACGUCAGAGUCGGCAGCGAUUGGACAACUCGACGCGGCGAGCUAAUACCAGUUCUAGAAAUUUUUUUUCAUCCUCAAUAUGAUCCAAAAACAUUACAUCACAACAUCGCUGUCAUUCGCCUUCUAAGAAACCUUCAUUUUCAGAGUCAUAAAAAAACCAAAAUUAGACGGAUUUUGUUAGAUCGCGGUGAAGGAAAUUUGGCUACUAAUACUGAUGGAAUCAAAAUACUUGGAUGGGGGUCGAAGAUGGCCAAUCAAAUCGUAAACGAGUUUCAAAAGCUUGAUUACGCAGUUCUUGACUUAUAUCAUGUCGACGAAUGCAGGGAGAUCUACUCUAGGGGGUACGUUACUGAGAACAACUUCUGCGCAGGAUUCCUCACGAAAGGAAGUGGUGCUUGUAAUAGAGACAUCGGUGGUCCUGCCAUCGUAAACAAUUUAUUAGUGGGAAUAGUUAGUUUUGGCCCGCCUGUGUGUGGUGCACCAAACGCUCCUACGGUCUUCACCAGAGUUGGACACUACAUCAAGUGGAUAAAACGUAUUAUGUCAAGGCGUCAGAUAGUAUAUGGUGUUCCCACAACAAGCACUCGAUUUGAUAAAUUCCUCAAAUAUUACAAUACUGAAACUCCGCGCACUUUUCCUCACAUGCACCCAGUCAACAUUGUUUUAACAACCUCUUCCCUCGAACCCAUUAUCGAUGGUAGACGUCGGGCAGCUCAUACAGAAGCCAACACAGUUCAUCCAGAGACUGUCAAUGAUAUAAAUAACAGAAAUGAUCAAACGACAUAUGAUGUUAUAAAGCAUGAUUUAUAUCAUAAUUUUCGAAACAUGCCUAAGUCAGGGGAUAUAGAAAACAAUACUGAACAUCCUGCCCAUAAAAUAUAA